AUGCCUUCAUCAUCGGCAUACACCCAACCACCUCAUAUUCAGCGACUUCUGCAGAAAAUCCAGCGGGAUCCUGGUCUGCCUGUCGACAAUGCAACCACUCCAUUCUGGUUGGAACCAGUAGUUCCGCAUGCUCACCACCAGUCGCCCGCUCUAGCCAAGACUGCGGACGUCGUGAUCUUGGGCUCCGGUAUCACAGGCAUAAGCACGGCGUUACACCUGUCGCGUAUCGCGCCCGACCUCAAAAUUGUGAUCCUCGAAGCCAGGGAUCUGACGUCUGGUGCCACGGGCCGGAACGGAGGCCACAUCAAAGCCGUCCCCUGGAAGGACUACGGCGACAUCAAGAGGGCGUUAGGUCGGGAGAGCGCCAUCAAGAUCUCUCGUUUUCGACUGUCUCAUCUCCCGGCUCUGCUGAGCGAGGCGGCUGCAUUGGGAGAGGCUGGCAAGGCAGGCUUGGUGCGACAAGUGGAGACACUCAUAGCUUGCUAUGACCGUGACGUAUGGAUUCAGGACAAGAAGAAGCUUAAAGAGUUUCUCGAUGACAUGCCUGAGGAACAGGGACAGUGGGUCGUGCACGAAGACCCCUCGGACCUGAAGAACUUAGGAUUGGCAGAGACAUGUGUUGGCUGCAUCUCAGGGCGCGCAGGAGCCGCCUGGCCAUAUCGGUUCCUCGGGGCCGUUACAGCAGGGCUUUUGCAGAAGGAGGCUAUCAGCCUGGAGACGCACACGCCCGCCCUUUCGAUCAGUGAACAGCCGGGAUCUCGGUACCCGUACUCCGUGCAGACGGCGAGAGGACAAAUCCAGACCAAGCAUGUCGUUCACUGCACCAACGGCUUUGUCGCUCACCUGAUGCCCGGCCUGAGAGGCAAAGUCUGCCCGCUCCGCGGUCAAAUGACCGUACAGUCUGUACCGGACGACUUCCCCCGAUACGGCGCCAAAUAUUCGUGGAGCGCGAUCUGGGACCGGGGGUUCGACUACAUCUGUCAGUCGCCUGCUGCGGAUGGGAGUCUCUACUUUGGCGGAGGCGCCUUCCACUCCGGUCUCGAGAACGACCAGGAAAUCGGCAACCCGGACGACAGCCAGCUCUCGCCGCAAUGUUUGAACCAUCUCGCCACCGCCGCAGGGAAGGCCUUUAUCGGCGGCACGGGUGUUCGGAUCGCCAAAAAGUGGACGGGGAUCAUGGGCUUCACCAUGGACGGCUUACCCAUCGUAGGCCGAGCGCCGAGACAGGUCUCGACGAGAGAUGAAUGCCGUCUUGACCAGGGCGGCGAGUGGAUUGCUGCCGGGUUCAACGGAUACGGUAUGGUCCACAGCUGGCUCAGUGGGAAGGCGUUGGCACACAUGAUCCUGGGUCGAGACUCUGAAGUCCGUGACUGGUUCCCACUCCAGGAGUUUGCUUGCAGUGAAGGUCGGUUGGGUAAGAUGAGCGCCACAGAUUUUCUGGGCCACUACGGAGGUGAUGUCACACCUCAAGACAGUGCCGCACCGUUGUCCAGCAAGUUAUAG